GACGUCACCGGAGAGCUGCUCAGAGCGGAUCCACUGUGAAUAUCUCUACGCUCAUUGCCAGGACCGAGGAGUGUGCAGAGAGAGGAGGAGAGAAGGUGGAGGGAAUACGUUCGAAUUUUGGAUCCUAUUGGAAAACUACGGUGUGCGCACGGCACGCACCGACAGGAGACGUUUCUGCAUUUUCACCGUGCGCCCCCCCCCAACCCCUUCCCCAUUGAGAUCGGAUCGGAGCCGAGAAUGGAGCUCCCUGCCGCCGGCGAGCACGUCUUCGCGGUAGAGGGCAUCGAGAAGAAGCGCAUUCGGAAGGGCAAGAUCGAGUACCUGGUCAAGUGGCGCGGCUGGUCUCCAAAGUAUAACACAUGGGAGCCGGAGGAGAACAUCCUGGACCCGCGCCUCCUGGUUGCGUUUCAACACAGAGAGAGGCAGGAGCAGAUGAUGGGAUACCGAAAGCGGGGACCAAAACCAAAACAUCUUCUGCUUCAGGUGCCAUCAUUUGCCCGGAGAUCAACCAUCCCAGCUGGAUUCCAGGAAACAGCCAAUGAAGCAGAUGGUACCCUAAAGUCGGACUCUACACAGGUCCAACGCUCCCAGCCCCAGCAGUACCAGCUGAACAGCAAAAAGCACCAUCAGUACCAACCCAGCAGCCAGGAGGUCCCUACUGAUGCGCUGAGCAACAGCAAAAAGAAGUUCAUCUACCAGCUCAACAGCAAGAAGCACCACCACUAUGAGCCCGACCCACACAUGUACGACGCUCAGGUUUCGAGGCUCAAGGAGGUGGUCAAAGUUCAGGAACCGGCCAGCAAUCUGGCAAAUCCUGGGUGGACCUUGCCCCUGGCCCUGCAGCAGAAAUGGAUCCACAACAAAGACACUGGUUGUUUGAGCAAAGUCAAAGAGCUUGCAGUGGAGGUGAGGAAACCGGUUAAAGAGGCGCAGAGUGAGAAUGCUCUGAAGCCCAACCCUAAGGAGGCCAGUCUGCCUACUGCUGUCAGCAGCAAAAUGAAGAUAAUCAAAAAUAAAAACAAGAACGGACGCAUUGUUAUUGUCAUGAGCAAAUACAUGGACGGUAACAAGGUUCACGGAGCAAAGGACAAACACAGGGAAUCUUCAAGGGAUGAGAAAACGCACGGCAUCAAAACAUCCGAAAACAAUCCGGCACCCAUAACCAAAAUUGAUGAACACCCCGAGAACGGGAUUCCCAAAGAGAUCUGUAAGGGCAGCUCCCUCUCUGUUGCAGAGCAUCCUUUGAAAUGCUCCCCCAAAGACAGACAAUUUUCCAAACCUUCUCCGAGCACCGCCGAGGAAUAUAACACCGAAGUGGCCCGCGGUCAGGCUGAUUUACCGGAGGGUUUAUCUUUGCAGCUGACAGCCAGUUCCCCCCCAACAUCUUGGACUGCCGACACUGCCAUUCCAACCCCUACUGCCAUUGACCAGAUCCGGAUCCCCUCUUUCCCCUGCAACCGGAAGCGUAAGCUUUCAGAUCCCAUUGAGGACAGGAACGUUGGUCAAAUCUACCUGGCAUCGAGGAGUUUGAGCAUGCCCGCUGCUACGAUGGCGCCCCCUCAGGACAAACCCAUGGACCUUCACUGCAGCGUGGCACGUCACAGCGGUAUGUGUACGACGUAUGAAGAGGUUGGAAGCCAGGAGGAGCCGAUGGACCUCAGCUGCCCUAAAAAUAAGCGGCCGGUCGAAGCGGAAGCCCAGCCGCCUGCAAAGCCCGAGCCAGCCAUUGAAGACACUUCUUCUGCGGUGAAUAACACGCAGAAAUCUUUGGAUAAAUCUCCAGAGGAACCUGCAAAACAAAUUUCCCCCUUCAUGGGAAACAUCAUCAUCACUGAUAUUACCACAAACAGUCUCACCGUCACCUUUAAGGAGUAUGUUUCUGCACCUUUCAGUACAAAAUGCCGCUCCGAGAUCGCCAUUGCGGCUCCGUCCAAAUAUGGAGAAACGCUGCAGCUGCAGAAGCGGCGACGCGCCGUUUGUGCGCCGCUCGCCAGCCUGAGCUCAAACCGUGCAGGCUUCAGCCAUUCCAGCACCGACAGGAAAUGUCGGUCUGCGCGCAGAGAGUAUCAAAAUGGUGGUUCAUAUUUCGACGGAGGCAGCCUUAACGCAUCUUUGGUCAGCCCAGCGCAGAGCCGCGCCGCGUCUUUGUUUGCGCCGCUGCGGGGAGAAAUUCAUGAAACAAGAUUAAAGCAGCGGGAUUCGGACCCCACCUCCCCGGGACUCCAGUCAGCUUGGUUCUCGGCGUGUGCCAGACAUUCCUGUACAGCAGCCAGAGCACCGAGCUCCUCCCCUCCGCUCAGAGACCCGGAGCACGUAGCAACAACUGAACCAAUGUACUCCACCAGCGCUCUGUCCUACCCCGACCGCGGUGCCUGGCAACAAGAGACAAUCAUGGAGCUGUCGGCUGUCGGCGAGAGCGUCUUCGCAGCCGAGUCCAUCAUCAAACGGCGGAUCAGACGGGGUCGCUGGGAAUAUCUGGUGAAAUGGAAGGGCUGGUCUCAGAAAUACAGCACUUGGGAGCCGGAGGAAAACAUUCUGGACGAGCGGCUGUUCGCCGCCUUCGAGGAGAGAGAGCGUGAAAGGGAGCUGUUCGGGCCUAAAAAGAGGGGACCCAAACCAGAGACUUUUCUCCUGAAGGCCAAAGCAAAAGCUAAAGAGAAGACGUAUGAUUUCAGAAGAGAAACUCCAAGAAGUAUCCAGGUUUCCUAUCCCAUCCCGGAGCCAGUCAUAACUCCACGAGCCCGUGAGGGAUUACGAGCCGUGGUUCCAACCAUCUUCCCUCCGAGUGCGAUCAACAGAGGAGAAAGCGUCCCGAUCCGACCCCCAGAGCCGGAGAGGAGGCCUAGACCUGCUAUGACGGAAGCUCUCUUUGACCAGGAGUCCGGUCGGUUUCCCAGAAAGCGAGGGCGCAAGCCAAAGUUUCAUCCACAUUAUGAUCCACAUGAUCCCAGCAUCUCAGCGGAGCCGGUCUCCAAGCGGAGCAGGUCACUGGAUGAGCAGUCCAUCACAUCUCGACGCCUGCAUUAUCAUGGGGAGACAUCAGAACACAGCCUCUUACAGCUGACCAAGAGGUUUCAGGAGGAGACUACGAUCACGCCAAAACCCAGCAGUGAGCAGAGAUAUGCAGGGAUGUCGUACACAUGCGCCUUGAGUCCAGGCAUGCGUAAAAGUGAUCAGGAAGGACACAGAACUUACAGUUUGAACAGGAUGCAUUUUCCCAAACACAGCGAGCUGAAGCGCUCUGCAGAGGAGCUGCCCUCACAGCCUGACCCGUCCGCGCCCUCAGCUCCAACCUGGACCCCUUGUUUCACCAACUGGGACACUGUGACAGUGACGGAUGUCACUAUGAACCUGUUGACUGUGACCAUUAGAGAGAGCAGCACUGCUAAAGGCUUUUUCAAAGAUAAAAGAUGAGUAUUUUCCUGUUGUAGUUCCCAGUGGAAUAUUAACGCGCAACUAACACAGGCCUACUGCCAGACUAUAUCUUUUCUAUGUAACUUUCAGAACGUGUACAUACAGAUAUUUAAUAUGCUGCUGGAGAAAAUAAAACAAAAUAGGCAAUGAA